CUCGCACGGAGAACGUCGUUCUCGCGCGUCUCCAUCAAGGCCUAUUCCGAAGGUCUUACCGGAUUAUAUCGGCGACGUGAAGUCCUGCUUGCGCGCGGGUUUUCUCUCAGCGUCGCAGCGGCAGACGAGAAGGACGGCGAGGCCGAAGAGUCGCUCUCCUGCGAAGAGUACGAGCGCGCCCGACUAAAUGAGAGUGCCUGGCGGAUAAUACGAAAAGUCCGGCCCGUCCGUCCUUCCUCUCCUCCCUCGUCCUCCUAUUUCCUCCCUUCAUUUAUCUGUCCUCGAGGGGAUCGCGAGUACAGUCCGCGGGCGUUUCGUAAUUACCCGGGGAAUGGACAUGGCCGACCGUUUCUGGAGACUGGCCCUGUGCUGGAUAUGCAUCGUCGGUCUCGCACGCGCCAACGUGCAAAGUAAAGUAAGAUGUUCCAAGCAGAUGAUGGAGGUGGAUAUAGUGAGGAGUAGUCCGCAAGCGAAGAUAUAUCUGCAGCAAUUCAAGCAUUUCCCAGACGAGGCCUGUAAACCGCAAUUUCGCGACGGCGUGGCCACGUUCAAGCUAUCGCUGCUGGAGCAGGACAUGUUACGAUGCGGCAUCACGAGAGUCCUCAAUAAAGUCACGGGUCAAAAGAUGUACUAUCAUCGAGUAAUAGUGGAGGAGCCCGCGGACUCCAGCAAGCACACGUUCACCGUGAAAUGCGUAAUCACCGAAGUUGUCGUGGAGCCAGAAAUCGCCAUCGCGGCCAAUCACACGGCGGUACGGCGAAGCGUUCUUCCGGCGGGAUUUCAGGAACCCGAGGUGAUCGAUAUAGGCGGUGAGUUUUCCGGAUCGGCGCCGGUCCCGAUCCUCGGCGUCGGAGUUAGGCAAGGUGGCACCUUGGUGACCGGUGAGCUCAACGUCAGUCCUGGCACGCCGUUGCAGAUGGAGAUAUUCUUGGACAACGAUUCAGCGCCGAUCUACGGCCUGCUGGUCACUUACAUGCUGGUCACCGACACCAAGACGCAGGAGGAAACGAUCAUUAUUAAUGGGUGCUCCGUCGAUCCUUACUUGUUCGAAAACUUCAACACCGUGGACGGCGACUUCCUGACAGCGAAAUUCCGCGCUUUCAAGUUCCCGGAGAGUACUUACGUCCAGUUUCGCGGUACCGUUAAUGUCUGCUUGGAUAAAUGCCAAGGGAUCGAAUGCAGCAACGGCCAAGUUGGUUUCGGCAGAAAAAGAAGGGCCAUUGAGAUGUCAAGCACCGACAAGAACAAAUUGUUCGAGGUAACCAUGUCGACGUUCAUCAGGGUCGAUUCCGCGGACGACGUCAUGAUCGAUCAAGUGCUUUCGGAGUUCAUCAGAAAGGGAAAGAACAGGACGAAGGAGAGAGCUGUGAUCGCGGUGGAAGUCAGAGAGCAGUCCGGCCCGACGACAAUUAGGACGCACGAGAGGUCCUUUCUCGCGGAGGAGAUCAAAGAGCAGUUCAAGUACAAGGUCACCGAGGUGGUACUCAAUCGUUCCUCGUGUAGUACGCUGAACUGGAGCCUUUUCUUGAUCGUCCUUUGCUUUUACAAAUUCCUGUAGGAGACAAGAUUUGUGUUUCCUGACAAACAAUUGCUAACUGUAAAUAAGACGCAGCCCUGAGGUACGUUAAAAGCGCGAAGGAUGGUCGGACGUAUCGCUUCUGAGAGAACGAUAGUUCAUACUUUCUCACCGAUAAUUUAAGGAAUUUUGAUCAUGAUAACGGUGGAUCAUCGGUCGUAUCUCUCUCUCUCUCUCUCUCUCUCUCUCUCUCUCUCUCUCUCUUUUUUAUACGCACACACGAGUGAUAAUUGACUGUGUAUAGUCAAAACACGCCUGGAAAAAUAUUGGAAGAAAUUUGAUCUGUAACACCGAUGCUUCGAAAUAGCUUGAUUCUUCGAGGAGAAAUUCGACUUCAAACUUGCCGAUCACAUCCACACACGCUUUGUGUGCGAUAUUAAAAUAAAAUGAAUGAGAAUCGAAUUUUGGGCAAAAUCGGACCAAGUUCCAGAUUCGGAAGAAACGGACAAAAGCGGACUAACUAUCUUAGCGCUAACACAGUAAGCAGUAACACAUACUUAUAAGAUUUCUCCGCUCUGCGACCGCCGAAUUUUCAGUCAUGACGUUUCAGUCCUAUAGAUUUAUUACAUAUACAUUUUUAUACCGUACGUGAUGCGCAUCGCGAAUAACUGCCGUAUCUUUUAAUGGAAUAGCUGCCAAACGAAAAUUGGCCUUUGCGAGCGGAGAAAGCCGAAGACCUAGUCGUGCGACGAGGUGUAAUAUUGCAAUGUGACUUAAUUAAUUAAUUAAUUACUAAGUAAUUAUUAAUUGAAUAUCCGUAAUCUCAGUCUAUAAUGAUUACGUUAAAUAAAUGUAAAGUAAUUAAAUAAAAUGACAGCAGACGCGGCA